ACUUGGAGCACGCCCCUAACACACGGUAUAGGACUGGAAAGUUUGUCCUCGGGUCUCCGAACACACACCAAAAAAAAAAAAUUAAAAUAAAAAAAAAAAUGUAUUUGCUUUCAUUCUAAUCCAGCAGAAAGGCACGGUGGUUAUCCUGGUUGGUUUGUUUUGAAUAACACGAAGGUUUCUGGUCUCAUCUGGCAUGUCUGUUUUUCCAUCUAUUAUUAUCCUAUCCAUCUACCAGCACAUCUCCAGCCUCUUCCUGUACAAUCUCUCCCUCGGUGUCUUGAUGUACGCUCCCGUCUCCAGCUGCGAAUGUGUCCUGCUCUGCCUCUGCCCGCCUGUCAGGCGCAGGUCUCUGGGUCUGUAGGUUGGGCUUUCUUUAGCUUUUCAUGUGUUUGGUGUGUCCGCGCUCACGGCUUUAGUAAGAAGUUGCUUACAACCAAGUGACUAAAGAGGAGUUAAAAGGAGGAAGCAAAACUUGCGGGGGAUUUCUCUUCAUUCAGAAGCGAUGCUUGGGUGUCUCCUGUCAUCAGGCAACCUCUCCAGGCUGAGUGACCCGGCAGCAUCUUGCUAUGGAAUUGUCCAGGUUCCUACCGGACCCUGGUUCUGUCGGAAAUGUGAAUCUCAAGAGAGAGCCGCCAGGGUGAGAUGUGAACUGUGUCCCCACAAAGAUGGAGCCCUGAAACGGACCGACAAUGGAGGGUGGGCCCAUGUCGUCUGUGCUUUGUACAUCCCAGAGGUGCAGUUUGCCAACGUGCUCACCAUGGAGCCAAUUGUCCUGCAGUAUGUACCCCACGACCGCUUCAACAAGACCUGCUACAUCUGUGAAGAGCAGGGCAGGGAGAGCAAAGCAGCCUCUGGAGCAUGCAUGGCCUGUAACCGACACGGCUGCCGGCAAGCUUUCCAUGUCACCUGUGCCCAGAUGGCUGGCCUCUUAUGUGAAGAGGAAGUCCUAGAAGUCGACAAUGUCAAAUAUUGUGGCUACUGCAAGUACCACUUCAAUAAAAUGAAGACCUCACGUCACUCUGGAGGUAGCUCCUUCAUUGCUGGAAGAAGGAGUCGAUCCACAUCCCCUGCUCAAGAGAAGCAUGUAUCCCACCACGAAAGGCCAAAGAAGAGUCGGAAGGACAAAGAAAGACCUAAACAGAAGCACAAAAAACGUCCGGAGUCUCCCACCAGCCUUACCCCAUCCUCGGUGCCCGUCGCUGCAGAGAAGGGCUCUACCAGCCACCAUGAGGGGAGCAAAGAGACCUCGGAGGUCGGCAGGUCGGAGGUGAAAGGCAGGAAGUCCUCAAGCCAUGGCAGCAGCCACAAGGGGAAAAAGACGGGAAGCGGGAAAAGCUCGGUUGGCUUCAGCUCAGCUUCGUCCAGCGGGACCUUCCAGCCUGCAGGUACCUCCUGCAGCAACUUGCAGUGCUCCCAGGACUUUGUGACAUUCCCCAAGCUUGAGCAGGACGACGAGAAGUACCGGAAGCCUAUCUCUUCCUCUUCUUCUUCCCACUGCUCCCCUCUGUAUGAAGGCCAGAAGGGGGACAUCUUUGAGCAGAAGGUGAUCUUCUCAGGCUUUGGGUCCAUCAUGCGCUUUUCCACCUCCGCGGUGAGCCAGCAGAGAGGCCGUGAUGCUUCCCCCGUGGACUAUAAGGCCUCGAACCCUGUCAGCGGCCCUUCGGUGGGGACCAGUGGGACCAGUGGUAGCAGCAGCAGCCACAAGCGCAUGCCAUCCCUCAGCAUGGAGGAGGGAGAGGUGCUGAAGGAAAAGAAGCACAAGGGUAGCAAGAAGAACAAGCACGGGCCUGGCAGGCCAAAAGGGGGCAAAAGCAAAGAGAUUUUGGGUGCCCAGCUGGCUGGGUCCACGUCUACUUCCUCGUCACCCUUCUCCGGGGGCUCUCUUGUUAGCUCCAGCAUCGGCAACUCUUCACGGUCCUUCAGCCACACGGGGAAUCUGCCCAGCCUCAGCAUGGAGUCCCCGCUGCUGGGUUCAGGGAUCUACACCAGUAACAAGGACCCUAUUUCCCACGGGGGCGGAGUGCUCCGAGCUGUGUGCAGUACACCCCUCUCUUCCAGCCUGCUGGCACACCAGGGUACGUCGUCUCUCCCACAGCUCAACCGGUCUCCCUUUGCUAGCACCAUCCCAGCUUCCUCCUCCUCGGUCUCCACCACGCAGGUGUUCUCGCUGGCAGGUUCAACGUUUAGCCUCCCUUCCUCACAUAUUUUUGGAAGCCCCCUCACAUCUGGGCUAUCAAUCAACCCACUCUUAAAUCAGUCGGAAAGCAGCCGGGCAGAGCCUGACCUGGAAGACUGCAGUUUUGGCUGCCGAGGGACGUCGCCCCAGGAGAGUCUCUCUUCCAUGUCCCCCAUCAGCAGCCUGCCGACCCUCUUCGACCAGACAGUGUCCUGUAGCAGCAGCGGGCAGCUGGAGAAUGUUCCCCAGGCUACCCCGAACAUCGAGCAGCUCCUGGAGAAGCAAGGCAAUGGGGAAGCCGGCGUAAACAUUGUAGAAAUGCUCAAAGCCCUGCACUCGCUGCAGAAGGAGAACCAGCGGCUCCAGGAGCAGAUCAUGACGCUGACGGCCAAGAAGGAGCGUUUGCAGCUCCUCAACGUCCAGCUCUCUGUCCCUUUCCCCGUGGUGACCAGCAGCAACGGCCCAGGCAGCCAGGCCCAGUACAUCCUGCCUCCCAACGUCUGCAACGAUUCCCUGAGCAUCAGCAAGAGCCCCCCAUGCAAGAACAGCUUUGGGAUCGAGAACUCGCUCUCCACUUCCUCUGAGGACCCUCAUUCAGGUUGCCCCAGCAGGAGCAGCUCUUCCCUGUCCUUCCACAGCACUCCUCCGCCCCUGCCCAUGCUGCAGCAGAGUCCUGCCUCGCUACCCCUGCCCGGGGUGCAGCAGGUGAAUGGCCUGGCCAGGGUGGCAGGCAGCGGGCUGGGGGGAGGCACCACUGCCAGCCACAGCCUCUCCACGGUGCCCAUGGUGGACGGCCUGAUGGGGACCCUGGCAGGAGGCCAGCAGAUGCCCAUCAACGGGAUCCUGGGGAAUCUGAACGGAGCUCAGGCCGCCCAGCCUCCGAGCGCGCUGACGCAGGCGAGCGGGCCUCCGACCUUGCAGCUCUCCACCAGCCUGAGCAGCAUGCCCAGCCUGAGUCCCCUGACAGAGCAGCAGCGGCACGUCUUGCACCAACACGAACAACAGCUCCAGCAGCUUCAGCAGCUCCUGACUUCCCAGCCGCUUAAUCCGGAGCAGCAGGCCCUGGUGUUCCAGAUGAUGCAGCAAAUCCAGCAGAAGAGGGAGCUGCAGCGGCUGCAGAUGACAAGCUCGUCCCAGCUGUCCAUGACCAGCCUCCUGGCAGCCACCUCUGCCCCCCUGCACUCCAGCACCAGCGCCCUGAUGACCUCAGCCCCCCAGCCGCCCCCCAGCAGCAGCUCUCUCCUGGCCUCCCUCUCCCCCCAGCAGCUCAACCCUAGCAAUGCCCUCAUGGCCCCCCAGGCCACCCCACCGCUCAGCACUCCUGGGAACAGCCUCCUGGCUUCGGGGACAGGCAUCCCACCCGUCCUUACAGCACAGACUAACCCGUUUCUCAACCUGCAGGCUGAUGGCAACACCCCGAAAGGAACGAGCAUGAAUGAAAAGGGAGCUCCUCUUACCCAGGACAAGGGCUAAGCUCCCCCCUCACCCCGAACAAACCAGCAGCCAACUCCUCUCAGCCAGGGGAAUGUGGCUUUCCACAGUCAACUUUGAUACUGUUAGAGCAAUGAGCACAAGGCUUCCAAGAAGCAUUUCCUGCCGCUGGGCAAUGCCAAGAGGUGCUUUGGAAGACAGUACGUCUCUGACCAAGCCCUGGUAUCGGGAGGAGCGAAGGUGGGGGGCUGCCCGCCGCCCUGGUCCGUGCCACACAUGCUCAAAGUGAAGCUGUGUUUCCGUGCAGAGCGGAGGAGAGAGUUAACACCAGAUGCCUGCCGGUCUCCUCCCUGCCGUGAGUGCGAGCGUGUGUUCACGUGUGGGUAGCCCCCCAGGCCGAGGCACUAGAGACCAUCAAGCAUCCUUGGCCAAGACCUUGGUGGAGGGAGGCCCCUCUGCUGAGGACUCCUUUCUGCACAGUGCAGAGGAAUGUGGCAGUGCCCUCGGAGGCAGCACUGGAUGUGACGCAGCUGGGGAUGUGGGACGUGGUGGCAGUGCCUACGUGGUCUGCUUCGCCCAGAUGGGGAGGUUAAGAAGAAGUCCUGUAGCUGAGAUUUCUCACCUGCUUUUCAUCUGCUGGGCUCUUAGGAUGCUCUUUAUAGCCAUCAUAUGAAGCCCCGACACCUCAGCUGGAUCCAAACCCAGCCUGAAAAGACACAAGCAGUGGAGCGAUGGGUAAGGACUGGUGCUUGGGGAGGAGGUGAUAGCCACCUACUUCUUUAAAGGACAUUGCCACAUCUGCUCUGCCAGCCGCUGUCGGUUCGGUGCUGUACUUCUCACGUGAAAAGCACACUCCUGCUCCUUGUGCCAUCUCUCACUCUUUCCUUCCAAGAUUUCCAAAGGCUAAAAUUUCAGCUUGCAAAAAGGGGCUGUAGCCAGUAUUACCCCUGUCGUAGCCAACUUCAGAAGGUGCAUCUGAACCUGGCAGUUGUUUCCCAGGCCUAAGCUGGGAGAUAGAAAUGUGUGUGGGGAAGAGAGAAUCCCAAAUCCGGUACUUGUUCUUUCUUACCCACCACAAAUCACUCCAGUCUGGCAAAACCACGUUCUUCCACUGGUCUUGGGCACUUCAGAAAAGGGAUCUCCAAGCGAUGGGACAAUUAACAGUCUCCUGAGCUAGGACAUCGACCCUUCGUUGUUCUCCACCUUUUGACCUUAACUCCGUCUUGUAGCCUGGAACCUCAGCAAUGAAAUCGGCUUCCUCUGAGCUUGGAUGUGAUGGAUUGAUUGAAGGACAGGUGGGGCAGCUCUGGGGGAAGGGGAACAUCUACGUCAAACGUACAAAUGCCCCUUCUUUUCCUUAUCCGCGGGUUAAAUCCAGAGCUCCUGGGGGCAGGCGGGAAGACUCCAGCUAAUAGAAACUCUGAGGGUCUUAAAAACAAAAACAAAAACAAAAAAAAAAUUGUCAGACCUUAAUGGAUAUUUUUCAGCACAUUCCCACUGCCUCUAACUAGUUUGCACUAUUCAAAUUUGUCAGCAGUGGGUCUGUGCUGAUAGUACUAGAAAAGCUUGUUAUAGGCAAGACUCAUCUGCUAAAUAUCUUUCUUCCUUUUAAUUUUAUUUUCUUUUCUUUCUUUUCUUUUUUUUUUUUGUGUGUGUGUUUGGAAGAUUGUCACCACAAUGGUUGAAUAAGGCUAAAAGGAGAGAAAAUACCUUUCUGAUCUCAGCCUCCAGUUCUGUGAACUGGGCAGAACACUGCUGUCUGCUCAGAAAUAUAUAUAUAUUAUAUAUAUAUAAUUUUUUUUUUAUAAAGAAAAGCUAAUGUUUUAACAAGGUUAAGAAGCUAUUGGAAAGAUGGAGAUGGCAGCUAAAAGUGGAAAUGGAGGAGAAAAAAAAAAAAGUCUGCCUUCCUUGUGGUCUCUGCAGCACAGACCUAGAGAGGAGCACUGAACUGUGGCUCUUGCUGACACAUUCCCUGUCCCCAGCCACCUCCUGAGUAAGUCACGGGCUGAGCUGUGCCGCCUUCCAUCCGCCUGGUACUUAGAAACUGUGAAUGAGAUCUUUCAGUUGCAAAUGGUUUGACUCUAAUUUUGGCUCCCUGUCCCUGAAAUUGCUCUGGCACAACUGUGUGCUUGCACUUUUUUUUAAAUGUUUUUUUUUUUUUCUUUUUCCUCCCCCAGCUGUGUUGUCCCCCCUCCCCUCUGCGCCACACAAACUGCCCCGGCGCAGAGACCCUCUGCUCAGUGCAGGAUCCGUUUCUGCGGUGGGGGUCUUGCCUUGCUGCCCCCUCCACAUGUGAGGAGUCUUGGGCUUGAAAGGAACACGCAGAAUGGCUGUUUCAGGGCUGCCGUGCUAAAUUCAGCCCUGAAGUGCCCUGUUCGUGCGUGUGAUGGCUGCGUGGACGUGAAGGCUGUACCUGCCAACCUUUGGCAAGCAACAGGUCCUUGGGAUUUGGGAACAGAUAUUCCUUAGUGCUGGUUUGGGUCAGCAAGAUGAUGGACAGAAGUGUUAGGGGUGAAACAGUGGCUGUUAAAUGUGCAAAUGUGGUCUCUGCCAUCUGCUUGCCCAGCUGCAUUUGUCUGGGGUUUGAUUUUUAUUUUAUUUUUUACUCUUAAGGUCCCAAAUUUGCGUUGCCACCUGUUUUGCUGUCACGCUGACCAUCAGCACAGCCUUCAGACCAAUCUGUAACCACAAGGGCCUGACAUCGUGCCCAGACCUGGUCAAACUCUUCCAAAAUUUAACCACAUUUCACGCCCUGAAAUUAGAAACAUGCCAGUACCAGGAAGAGAGGGGAUGGGAAGGAGGGAAGGCUGGUUGGCAUCUGUCCCUUGUGUAGCGAGUCAUAGUACAACAUGCGUUGUCUCCCAGGACAAACAAAAACCACGGUUCAGAUCAGUGGUUUGGUGCCCAAAUCCCUGGGCAACAACAGAAAACUUGCAGGGGGUCAGUGAGAGGUACUUCAUGGUGCGUUUGCAGUCCGGAGGCUGAAACGUGCUGUACAGGGCUCCUCACUGCUACUGGGAAAAUAUUUGGGAGCCCACGCAUCGGAAGAGGUUGGAAAUCGAGGACUGAAUUCAAGGAAUCGGUUUUGUAGGCAGGAUCACUGUUAAAAGCAGGGAGGGCUGAGCUACACCGCGUCCCUGGUUCCCCCCUGCCCUGUGCUGGCCAUGCCAUUGAUUUUUGUUGGUGGCAGGAGUUUGAGUACAAAGCCCCUCUGCUCUCCGGGGCUUUCUGGAGCAGGGAGGGACGAGGCUGGAGAGGACGAGCAGGGGAAGAGACAUAUAGCACUUACACAUUUCUCUGACAUCUUCCAAAGGCGCCCGGUCCCUUUGAAGUGUGCUCCUUGUCUAAUCGCCUCAACCUGUCCCAGAGCCAAAGGUCCCUUUGGCAGAUUGAGGGGAGAAGAAGGGGGCACUGCUGGAAGGUCGACAUUAAACAUUUGUAUCUCUGUGAAAAAGAGGGAGAACAGGGGAAAGCAAAAAUAAAAGCUAAAGAUUAUCUGUGUUUCAGUUGCACUGGGGUACGUUUCUUUACCCGUUUUGAUGCUAAUGUCUCAUUUAGUAUGUUGCAUGUGUCUUUUUUGUUUUGAUUUGUUUUUUUAUUAAAUAAAAGAGAAAAAUGUGUAUAUUUUUGGCAAUUUAAGGUAAUGUAGCUAAGAUAUAUUUUUUUCACGCUGCUUGACUGUUCUUUAUUAUAAUAAAUAAUAUUAAUAUUAAUAUCAAAGACUUUUUUAAUACAGCUAGGAUUUCAAAAUUUAAAUGAGAAUAGGGUCUUGUGGGAUUAACUUCCUGUGGCUGUGCUGAGGUCCUGUUGCCCGCAGUGCACACAGAUGCACACUCUGAUGCUCUCGAGGAGGCAGGAGCGAGCCCCGGGGAGGGUUUCUCAGCCUGGCUCCUUCCUGGCUUUGCACCUCGGGAAUGAAGGGAGACCAGGGCGAGGGAGGAGCAGUUGGUUGUUGUUUCAUGAGCAAAAAGGUCUUUUCCCCCCCCUCCCAAGAACAGCGAUAGCCCCUGCUGAUCAGCAGAGAUGCCUAAAACCAAACUCAGUGACCUUGUAAGCUUUCCAGCUGGCUUCUCGGUCCUCCCCUCUCCCAAGAGUUUGUUUCUCCUAAGCACCAAAGGGAAGGGCUUGCGGUGUUUCUGCUUUGUUCUGUUUUUCCCCCAAACAGCUCUGCAUAGCUGGGUGAUGAGGUCUCUUCAAAAUAUGGUUUGGAGACAUGUCCCGCUCUUAAGAAAACCAGCUCCCACUCCAGUGCUCAGCUCUUAGAUCUGGCUUGGCACUUCAAUGGGUCAUGCUUCAAAACUGCAUGUUUUUCUGUCUCGUAGCCCACAGGCUCCAUGGUUCUGCCUUCUCCUUCUGCUUUUAAAUCUGAAGCUGGUUUUAUUGACCUUUUGUUUUUCCCCAGCCAUGUGUGCCCACAUCCCAUCAACGAGGUGAACGCUGCUUGCCUUCUGGGUUCACAGGGCUCCUUUAAAAGGCCCAGGAGAAGUUCUCCCCCAGCACCUGAUUCUUCUGCGGGGCUUUUCUCUCUCUCAUUGACCAGCAGUCAGCAUUGCACCUGGGGGGAGGAUAUUGGAGGCCGAAGAAUUUGCCCAGGUUUCUCCAGACAGCCCGAGAGCUGUCAGGAAGGGAGUGCAGAGUGAACUGGAGACACAGGAGUUGAUAGGUUUGGGUCAUCCAGAGGAAGCAGAGUUUGGCAUGUAAAGGCUGGUCUUGCAGAGUUGGGUCAUCAAAUGCUCUGGGUUGUUGGAGGAAACUUUCAGCUGUUUUUUGAAGGGAAAAGGAGGUUUGGUGUCUGGUUCUGAGGAUGUGGUUGCUCUCUGCAGUAGCUGGUAGCUGCAAAGCCUCCUCUUCUGUGCCUGUUUGUGGUUAGUGCCAGGGUGCAGGCUGGGAAGGAGACACAGGGGAUGCCUGUGGAGCAGCACGGUCAUAGAUCCAGUUCUGCUGUGUUUCUUGGAGCCCUGAAACAUGAAAAAAAAAAAAAAAGAUGAAUAUUUCUGCAGAGUUAUGUUGCCUUGUUUCUGGCAUGGUUCUCCUCUUUCCACUGCUUGGCUCUUGGUAGCAUGUCUGUUUAUGUUUUGCAUGGACGGGGACUGGAGAGACAUGAGAGGAAGGUGCUGAGCAAUGUUCAGUGGUUUUGUACCCGAGGAGCAGGUCAUGGCAUCUUCUUGGAUCAGGAUAAUGGGAGAAACACAUCUGUAGCAGGUGCCUGAAACGCAGCUGUCCGAGCAAUCCUACGCAGAGCCCCUUUCUUCACAGGCCUCCUCUGCUCCAGGUCUCUCCCAGCCGGUCACCAGUGUCCCCUGGAUGCAGCUCUUGUAUGAACGGGGGGGGCUCCCUUGGCCCUGGCACCCACCGAACUCUGCAAACCCCUGGUUUUCUCUCUGCUUCCACGCUGGCACAUGUGCUCUAGCUGCGAGCUGGCUGCCCCAGCGGGACGGGGCUGGUUCAGACUCCGGCACCGUCCACGCAGACUUCAUGGCUGCAGAUGGCCUGAGCCCCUUGGCUCCGUACCAAAGACAAUAUAGGCAGGGAUGAGGUCUUCUCACAUGCUCAGUAGAAGACUCCAGAGAAGACAUACCAAGCAGAUGGUGUCAUUCUCUUUGGGGUGAAAUGUUCAGGCUAGUUGGCAGGGUGAGAGGUGACCGAUACGUCUGAAGCGAGCGGGGAUCCAGCCCGCGGCGGCGGUGGAGGGUGUCCCUCGGGAGCUCAGAACAGGCGGCGGUUGUUUGCCGUGGCCGGUGGAUUGGCUCGAGGACACAGAAGCUUUCCUGCUGCAGAGAAGGACAUCUGCCUGGGGGCUUCUCUGUUCAGUGCAAGUCCAUCCUUUGGUCUAAAGUGUCCUGCCUGUCCCCGAGACCUCUCCGAAGGACAGCGUAGCCAUGGCUUGCACCCGGGGCCAGCUGUACACGGCAGCAGUGCCAGCCGCUGCACAAACCUUCCAAGUUAAAGCCCGGUUUGUUUGCACACCCCUCUCCAGCGCACGAGUCGCCCCAUCCAAAUGGCGAUAAGGGCUUUGCUCUGCUUUGUGUUUGCUGUUAAGGAGACCUGCGUCAUCUGGCAGGUUCCAGCCUGGACGGGGCCGAGCAGGCAGCCCUGUGCCCAAAGUGGUUUUUCAAGGGCUCUCUUCCAGCCCAGCCAGUCCGUCAGAGCUGGCAGCUCAUGCUGCUCUGUUAUUUACCGUUGCCCUUGGUAUAUGCUGUGCUGUGCGGUUUCUUAAACCCACAUAAGUAAAAAUAAUCAAGUGCCUGUGAUCAAAACAGCCUUGAGGCAGGGAGUUGAAUGGGUCCCUGGUGCCUCUCCUUUGUGCAUUUAGUUUAAGAAAUGGGAGUUGUCAUAACAGCUGUGGAUGUCACCUUUGCAGGAAAGGGUGAAGUAGCAAUAAUUUUAAUAGUAACUUUGCAGCAGCAGAUCUGAAACUGCAAUUCAGAGGUGUCGUCUCCUGUCCCGUUUUCCAGAUGGGGAAGCAGAGGCACAGAGAGGACUAAUUUGCUGAGGAGCCAGGUCUCCUGCACUUUGUUCUUCCCUCCCCUGCCCAGAAAAGGGACCCCAGCUCUGUGGUACCCACCAGUGGGAAGCGUGGGCUCCUGGGUGUCCCAUGUGGCUUCAAUCCUGCAGGGAAGCUUCUUGGGACCGUGGGGUCCAGAGAGAACCCAAGAGCUCAUAAAGUUGUGCAGCUACCGGCCCUUCUGGUCUUUAUAGCGGCGCGUAAUGGGCACAGCCCGGCUCCGGCUGUGACUCUCCAAGUCUGUCAGGGCAACUGCUGCUGUGUGGGGCAGCGAGGGCAGGUGGAACCUUUCCUUUGGCUCCGUGGGUUUUGCGUGAGAUUCUCAGCACAGAAAAUCCCGUCCUAACCCACUGCUGCCUGCCUCAGGACAUCAGACCCGGGGCAUCGCUGCAGUGGGAGCUGCAGGGUGCGGAUGGGGGGUUAGAUGCGUGGGAGCAGCAGUGCUACAAAGAAAGGAUUUUUUUUUUUUCUUUUCUUUUUUUUUUUUUUUUUUUCUGGUAAGACCUUUGGUGAGGUUGUGCUCAGAGGGAGGGUUUGGUUCAGGCUCAGCCAAACCCCCCCCCCCCACCAUUUAUCCGUUCCCUCCCUGGUGUACGUGGUGGAGCCGCUCUGCCUAGACAGGUUCCCCCCCCCCUUGCAGCUCCCUGCCGCAAACCCACUGCUCAAACUGGAGUAACGUCUGGCCUGAUGGAGGGAGGGAAGUUUUAUGUGGGUUUUUUUUAACUGAUAUUUCAAAAUUUAUCAGAAUUUGAGGGCAUUGGUUUGUGCUACCAAUGGUUAAAAAGUAGGAAAAUGGAAAAACUCUGUUUAGUGGACGAUUAUAAUUUUAAUUUUGAAAAGUCAUCAAUAUCCUGCCCAGCAGCGCCGAUCUGUGACUGCGCUCCAAAUUACAUGUGACAUUACAGCUAAAGGGUAAAGCGCAGAAAACCCCUCCAGGGCCUGGUUUGUAUAUUUAAUUUAAGCAGCAAAUGCAAAGUUUUAGCACCUGCCUGGGCCGUAGGGAGCCUCUGCUGACGCCCAUCCGCGGAUGCAGCCUCUGCAAGACAGCUUAAUCAAAAAGUGCUUGCAGACCUAAACGCCGCAGUGAGCGGGAGGGUCUGGGAUCCAGGUUAUGGGGGGAUCAAACUGAACGAUCGGCUGCAGACAGAUCCCUUCGUAGGCACGGCCCGGGGUGUUCCUGCCCCUUGGUAGUUGUUUGGUCCCACUGCUUAGGAAAGCGGGGAAGCUGGAGAGGUCCGUCCCUGUUCAGGACAGCCCCUGCCCAUGUGCACAGCCUGGAUUUCGGAGGGGUUUAAGCACAUCCUCGGAGUUAGGAGGGGUCCCUGCGGCAGAGCCGGUCUCGAGUGGGCCAAAGGGGCCCGUGGAAAAGGGAUGAUGAGCACAAGAGAGCGAGGAGAGAAGCAGCAAGUUGCAAAUGCAAGAGCAUAAACAUAUAAGCAGAUAUUUGUAUGUUUUUUUUCCUAAGAAAAUGUUUUUAUUUGAAAACUACAUGGCCAGAUUUGUAGCUGGGAAUGUACGUACUUUCUUACAUAUUUGUACAACUGAUGCGUGUCGGCGUCUUCCGCGCUCGCUGCGAGGGACUCAAGGGGAGGAUGCUUUCCGUUUUAAUAUCUUGCUAAGGACAAAAACCGAUUCAGGUGCUAAGGGCAGCAGGAUCUCUUAGACAGAAAACUGCUCGUAUUUACCCUUCUUCUGUCUUCAGUGGGUAAGGAAGUCAGCGAGCCUCGUUUUCUCUCCAUUGUGUGUAACACAAACAACGUCUUUGUAUCAUUAAUGUAUUUGUAUGACUGAGAAAUUGCCAGAGUCCUUGUUCUUUUUAUUAAAAGAAUGUUUUCAAAAAAAUAAAAAGUAGGCUAAAAA